AUGACGUUUCCAUUUUUGUUCCUAGAUUAUCCAUGGGAUAAAUCCAAUCAGAAAUCAAUACAAAUAGACUUGGCAAAGUUUAAGGAACUGGAUGCCUAUGCACAGAAGGUAUGCUGUCUCUUAUUGUGAUAUAUGCAGCAAGGAAUUUGCUAGGAUGCUGAGGUUUUUAAUGUGCAUUUGGAAUUUGAGAGUGCUUUCAAGUGUCCUCUCCUGAUAGGAGGCAAUUACUUCUGUUGAGAUGGAAGGUCCGAACUGGGAACAUCAUGAGUCACAAGACCCUGCUCCUGUUUUCCAGAAAACUAACACGGUGGAGCACCUAUUCACAUGCGCUGCACACACCAUGCAUUUAAAGAACACCAACUCCCCAAAAGAACUAUGGGAGCUGUAGUUUUCCCCUCACAGAGCUACAAAUCCUAGAACCCUUAACAAACCACAGGAUUCUCUUUCUCUCUGUGUGCGUGCGUGAAUUAAAUGCAUGUAUAUACACCCAUAUUUAGUUAUUUUGCAGCAUUGCUUUGCUUUAAAAAUUCAGGAGAUAGCUCCAAAGUCAAUUCGGAGGAGAGCUAGCAAUCAUAGGCAAUAUGAAAGGGUUUGAACGACUCCUCUCUCUUUCACAAUUCACUUUCGAUCGUAUUUAUACUACAGACCGAAAUUGAUUUGGUAGUUAUUUCCUCUCCUCGGGGAACUCCGAGUACUAUACUUGUGUGAACAAGGCUAGCAGUCAUUAACAGAAAAUUCUCAGUGCCCUUGCCAAACCACAACUCCCAGGAAUCUCUGGGGGGCCUCGCCAGAAUUAAACUGGCAUAAAAUUAAUAUACUGGUGCAGUAAUCAGCCCUGGGUUUCCCCCAGUGCUGUCAAGUGACAACAGUAGGGCCGGCCCAGGAUCCAGGGUUGCCUUGGUCCCUCCCUGCCCCCAGAAUGCCCCCCCCCCAGUUGUACUUCCACCCACCCAAAGGUGCGAUGGGCAGUGGCGAAGCUGCAUGCUCCGGCACCAGGGGCGGAGAGCAGGCAGGGGCGUGGCUGGCGUGUGUCCCGGGGGCGUGGCACAUCGCCUGCGGGGCGUGACAUGCAUCCUGGGGGCGUGGUGCCCGGCACGUGGGGGGGUGCACGGCGCAUGUCGGGGGCGGCCGCAAUGGUACCCCCUCCCCGAUGGUGCCGGGGCAGUGCGCUCCCCCGUUCCUCUGCCAGUAGCAAUGGGGAACUCUGCACUUGUGGGGAGACAGUAGCAAAGAGGAUUUGGGUUUCAGCUGAAGAUUGUAGAAAUAACAUGCCUGUGAACCCUGGAAAAAGGAAAGGUUAAUCAUGCGUCUCCCUUCAGAACAACUUCCCCCCCAAGGGUACAUUUUUGGCAAGUAUAAUAAAUUCUUUGAUUGAUCAAUCAAGUAAAACACAUACACUUAAUCGACUAACUGUGCAAUCCCAGUGAAUUCAGCAAGAGACACUCUUGUAAGUGCACGCAGGAUUGCACCCUAAAAUUUCUUUAAACAAGUGGACUUAGGUAGAAGAAAGGAACUGGUACCCCCUCGUCCAUAUUAACUGCUUCCAAGUCUAUUUACCUUCUGUGAAACAGGUGAAUGUCAGGAAUAGCGUGAAAAACCUGGUGAGUGUCUUGCUGCAAAAAGCCCCCAGUGACCUGGAGAAAGUGCGAGCCAUUUGGAUGUGGAUCUGCCACCAUAUAGGUAGGUGGGGGUACCACCUUUCUGCAUACUUGAGUCCCCUUGCCUCUGACAACUUCCGGUAUUAAAAGAUCAGCCUUUGUCACUGCCCUGCGCCCAUGAAUCCAGCUCUGUAGCAGAGUUCUGUAGCAGACACCCAGUCCAGUGAUUGCCAGCCAAGGAAGAUGGAUACGUAAGGUCAUAUCAAAGCAAGUUAUAUUCAGAGUAGACCGGCUGAAAUCAAUGGAUGUAAGUAACUCAUGGACAUUAAAUUUAGUGGGUCUACUCCGAGCAUGGCUUCUUUGCAGCUGUCUCGGGCAUUUUCACCAUUUCAUAGCCAGUCAUGUCAGCUCCAUUUGCACAAAGGAUUCUGGAUUGUAACCUGUGUGGAUCAGCGAUUUGGUGUUUGGCUCACACAGAGCUUGACUGGGAUCUCUGUUCAGCCAUGAAUCUCAGAAGGGAUCAGGAGGUGCUCAUUGAUAACAGAAAUCACUGGGUUAAAGCUCACUGAAAGUGCCGCGGUAGCAUUAUUAUCAAUUUACGAUGGGGUGGAAGGUUUGCAGGCUAUGAAGGACUCGCUCACAAAUUUAUUGAAAGCUGCACAAAUUAUGAUAGCUAGCAAGUGGGAGGGGCAAGCAGACUAUAAAAUGGAAAAAUGGUAUGAAGAGGUGUGGGAUACAUAGCUAUUAAUGAUAAAUGAACAUGUGCCAUUAAGGUAAGACGGGGAAUAUGCAGGAGGAAUGAUUUUGAGGAGAUAUGGAGGGUGUUUGUAGAAUUUGUACUGUUACAACGGAAAGGGGUCAAACCAUCGCUAGAGGUGUUGAAGGUUUGGGAGGUUGGAUAGUUACAAUGGAAUGGUCUCGCUGGUGGGGUGCACAUUUUUAUUCUUAUUUAUUUAUUCUUAUUACUUUGUCAAAAUAAAGUAAAGGUCGCAGCACGGGAGGAGAGGAGGUGUCUCCCGACUCCUAACCCUUGCACCAGUGUGCAUUUUUAUUUGGCAACAAGACCCUGGGUCUACACAAAGCAGAUUUACGAGUGCUUCCAGACUUUCUCUUUUGAGGUGCGAUUCAAUCACAUAUGGGCAAAUUGAUGUUGUGCAAUCAAAAGUUCAUUUGGAGCUCUUGCAAGACAAGCCACGCCACCCCCCAGUCAGAUUUUGGCAACCAGGAAAGAUAUUGAGAAACACGAUGGAAAGUGUUGCAAAGUGUUGCCACCCCACAAGCAAAUCAGAAUGGGUGCUCACUGUCUUUAUUUCUACAGAAUAUGAUGUGGAAGGCUGCUAUAACCUGGACAAGGUGUCAUUUAAACCAGCUGAUGUCCUUCAGUCAGGAAAGGCUAUUUGCGGUGGAUAUGCUCGACUCUUUCAAGAAAUGUGCAGGUAACUUCUGUUGGCUCCAGCCAUCAUGGCAAGUGGUUGUUACUUGGCUGUAGCGAUAGGAGAUCUGGAGAGCCACAGGUUCCCCACCCCUUGCCCUAGGCAGCUAUCUCCAUGCUUAGGCGUGAUCAACUCGCACGUGACAGCCCUCGGAAAUAUGUAAAUCAAUAGAUUCUAAGCAGAAAAUGGCGGGAGAGAUCUGGAGAGUCCUCAUGGCUCAUGAGGAGACCCUCGCCAGAACCCAAAGAGGACUUCAGUGGGAGCGGAGGAAGCCCCAAAGAGAACGGAGGCACAGUGGGGCUUUGUUUAGGCUGCUCAGCCUCCCCACCUAGUAGCUGACACACGUCACAGCAUGGCAGCUGCUGCUGCUUUUCCACAGGUCCUCCAGCCAGCUCCAGAGCUUCAACUCUGGUUGAAAGGAGUGUUGUGGGGAGAGAGAGCUGGAGAGCAGGAAAAAAUGAGCUUUUUUUAGUGUGUGCUCCCUACUUACACAGGGACACGGGUGGCGCUGUGGUCUAAACCACUGAGCCUCUUGGGCUUGCCGAUCAGAAGGUCGGCGGUUCAAAUCCCCACGACAGGGUGAGCUCCCGUUGCUCGGUCCCAGCUCCUGCCAACCUAGCAGUUGGAAAACAUGCCAAAAAGUGCAAGUAGAUAAAUAGGUACCGCUCCGGCGGGAAGGUAAACGGCGUUUCCGUGCGCUGCUCUGGUUUCGGUGUCCUGUUGCGCCAGAGGCGGCUUUGUCAGGCUGGCCACAUGACCCGGAAAAACUGUCUGCGGACAAACGCCGGCUCCCUCGGCCUGUAAAGUGAGAUGAGUGCCGCAACCCCAGAGUUGUCUGUGACUGGACUUAACUUUCAGGGGUCCUUUACCUUUACCUUUACCUUUACCUUUACCCUACUUACACAAUGUUUGCUUAUGUGCAUGGGGUUCCAGAACAUGACCCACCAUGUAAGUGGAGGAAUGAUCCUGAAGCAAACUUGCAUAUAUAGGGCUGCAUUGAAUUGAGUAGAUCCACUGGAAUCCAUAGACUUAAAAAUUACUUGAAUUUAAUGGGUCUCUUCCCUGUGUGACUUAGUUCCUCAUCCAUACUUACCUUUGCUCUGUGCUUUAUAGGCACAGGUCCUGGCUUUCCAGGUCCGUGUCCAAAUGUUGUUGUUGUUCUUUCAGCCCAGGAAAACUUGUGUUUUCCUGCCAAAUUGGAGCAAAUGAGAAUCUGUGGAGAACCUGAUUGCUGUUUUCUCUGAUCCAGCAAAAUGAAGGGCGGCCACUCCAGCCUAUCAAAGCGGUGAAAGCAACCACUUGUCCUCUUGGUAGCAACACUGUUCCUGAAUACCUUCCUUCCCCUCUCAGUAUUGCAGGGAUACAGUGCCAGUAUUUGAUAGGCAGCUGCAGCGUAAAGGGGAAGAGCGACCACGCCUGGAAUGCUGUCCGCAUUGAUGGAAGGUGGCAUCUCUUAGACUGCACCUGGGGAAGUGGCUCUGUGAAUACUGCUUUUAGCAAGUUCACUUUCAGGUACGUUGUUAGGCAGACCAGGCAGAGCGUGGGACACACUGAGGGGAUAGCAGAAGAAGAAGAGUUUGGAUUUGAUAUCCCGCUUUCUCACUACCCUAAGGAGUCUCAAAGCGGCCAACAAUCUCCUUUCCCUUCCUCCCCACAACAAACACUCUGUGAGGUGAGUGGGGCUGAGAGACUUCAGAGAAGUGUGACUAGCCCAAGGUCACCCAGCAGCUGCAGGUGGAGGAGCAGGGAAGCGAACCCGGUUCCCCAGAUUACGAGUCCACCGCUCUUAACCACUACACCACACUGGCUCUCACAGUUAGCUUCAUUUGCUUUCAGGUGGUUUUGUUUUGCUUGGACCACUUGUCAGAGUUUGCAAUUUGAUGGCCGCAGGGCUGAUUAAUGUAAGCAAGUGCAAUAAGAAUGCUGCAGCUAGGUUGGUGACUGGGAGCGGCCGCCGAGACCAUAUAACACCGGCCCUGAAAGACCUACAUUGGCUCCCAGUACAUUUCCAAGCACAAUUCAAAGUGUUGGUGCUGACCUCUAAAGCCCUAAAUGGCCUCGGCCCAGUAUACCUGAGGGAGUGUCUCCACCCCCAUCCUUCAGCCUGAGGUCCAGCUCUGAGGGCCUUCUGGCAGUUCCCUCACUGUGAGAAGUGAGGUUACAGGGAACCAGGCCUUCUCAGUAGUGGCGCCCGCCCUGUGGAACGCCCUCCCAUCAGAUGUCAAGGAAAUACAAUAACUAUCUGACUUUUAGAAGACAUCUGAAGGCAGCCCUGUUUAGGGAAGUUUUUAAUGUUUGAAGUGUUAUUCCGUGCAGAGUGGCUGUGGAGGCCCGGCCAGAUGGGUGGGGGUAUAAGUAAUAUUUCAUUCUUAUUCUUAUUCUUAUUCUUAUUCUUAUUCUUAUUAUUAAGCCAUGGGCAUGGAGUGUCCUGAUGGCAGGGAUAGAUACCAUCUAUUUAUCCUCUUUGAACAGUUCUGGAGUUACAUGUGUAAAAUCUGGGGAUUCUGGAGGCUGGAUUGUUGCAACACAGCAGCUUCCUCAACCAGAUGCCCUCCAGCUGCUCUGGAUCACCACUCUGUUUGCCUGUCUGGCCCUGGUGCUGAUUUAGGCAUUAUUAUGAAAUACUAGACUAUUGCGCCUUCUCCUUUUGCAGGUACGAUGAGUUUUACUUCCUUACUCACCCCGCUCUGUUUAUUAAGAAGCACUUCCCUGAGGACCCCAAGUGGCAGCUUCUGAAACAGACGGUGACACUGGAGCAUCAGCAUGAUCUGACUUAA